UCGCGCACUGUUGUCAUGGAGGAGCCAAGAUGGCGGCCCUGGCCUACACCUUGGGCAAGCGUGAGAUCAACCACUACUUCAGCGUGAGGAGCGCCAAGGCGCUGGCGCUGGGCGCCGUCCUGCUGCUCGCCGCCUGCCACGCCGCCUCGCGCCGGUACCGAGGUGAUGAUAGUUGUGAGCAUCUUCUCUCUAGUGGAAGAUUUAUUGGGGAGAAAGUAUGGCAGCCUCACGGCUGUAUGAUGCACAAAUAUAAGCAGAGUGAAGCAAAAACCUGCCUCGUAGACAAACAUAUUGCAUUUAUAGGUGAUUCUAGAAUUCGUCAGCUGUUCUACUCAUUUGUGAAACUCCUGAACCCUCAAAUUAAGGAGGAUGGAGUCAAGCAUGGAAACAUUCCUUUUGAAGACAAAUCAUCUUCACUUAAAGUGGAAUUUCUGUGGUAUCCGGAAGUCAAUGGCUCUAUGAAGCAGCUUAUCAAAUCUUGGACUGAAGGUUCUUCUCCAAAGCCUCACAUAGUUGUAGCAGGAGCUGCUGUGUGGUCUAUCAGUAUUCACAAUGGCAGCAAUGAAGCUCUCACACAGUAUAAAAUCAAUAUCACAUCAGUUGCCCCUCUUCUGGAAAAACUGGCAAAGAGCAGUGAUGUCUACUGGGUCUUACAAGAUCCAGUUUAUGAAGAUAUAUUGAGUGAAAGCAGGAAAAUGAUCACUAAUGAGAAAAUAGAUGCCUACAAUGAAGCAGCAAUCAGUAUCCUGAACAGCAGCUCAAAAAACUCAAAAGCUAAAGUAAAAAUUUUCAGUGUAUCUAGGCUGAUAGCAGAAGAAACUAUAAGUCAGUCCUCAGAUGGUAUACACCUUUCUGAAUCAAGCAGAGAAAUAAAUGCAAUGAUUCUGAUAAACAUUCACUGCAACAAGUUUAUAAAGCCCAUCGAUGGUUCGUGCUGCCAGCCUCAGCCACCUGUCACUUUAAUACAAAAACUAGCCUUUGGUUUUUUUGCUUCCUCCAUAAUUGGAUAUUUAAUUCUUGUUCUCAUACGUCGUAACAAUCACCAGAAGAAUAAGCCAUGUACGGAUAUGGAGAGUGGAGAAGAGAAGAAACCUGCCACCAACGCUUCAGCCGUUUCUACUCUAGAGACAGCCUUACAGUGUUUAUGCAGACUUGGUUUGAUAAUGGGUUACUUCUACCUGUGUGACAGAGCAAAUCUGUUCAUGAAAGAAAACAAGUUUUACACUCACUCAUCCUUCUUCAUACCAAUCAUCUAUAUCCUAGUGUUAGGGGUGUUUUACACGGAAAAUACUAAAGAGACUAAGGUGUUAAAUAGGGAACAAACAGAUGAAUGGAAAGGCUGGAUGCAGCUUGUCAUCCUGAUCUAUCAUAUCUCUGGAGCAAGUACUUUUCUGCCAGUGUACAUGCACAUCCGUGUAUUGGUUGCUGCAUAUCUAUUCCAAACGGGCUACGGGCAUUUCUCAUACUUCUGGAUUAAAGGAGAUUUUGGCAUUUAUAGAGUGUGUCAGGUUUUAUUUCGACUGAACUUCUUGGUUGUGGUGUUGUGCAUAGUGAUGGAUCGGUCUUACCAAUUCUAUUACUUUGUUCCUCUAGUCACUGUCUGGUUUAUGAUCAUAUAUGUUACAUUAGCUCUGUGGCCUCAAAUAGUCCAGAAGAAGGCCAAUGGCAGUUGCUUCUGGCAUUUUGGUUUACUGCUGAAACUAGUUUCCCUGUUCGUCUGUAUAUAUUUUCUAGCAUAUUCUCAGGGUGCAUUUGAGAAGAUUUUUUCUAUUUGGCCAUUGUCCAAGUGCUUUGAACUAAAUGGGAGCAUCUAUGAAUGGUGGUUUAGGUGGAAAUUAGAUAGAUACGUCGUUUUUCAUGGGAUGUUGUUUGCUUUUAUUUAUCUAACAUUUCAAAAGCAGCAAGUCCUCUCAGAAGGAAAGGGGGAGCCACUCUUUCCAAGCAAAGUUUCAAAUGUUUUAUUAUUUAUUUCAGUUGUUUCUUUUUUGACGUACUCUAUAUGGGCCAGCAGUUGUAAAAAUAAAACUGAGUGCAAUGAAAUGCAUCCUUCGGUUUCAGUUGUGCAGAUUUUAGCUUUUAUCCUUAUCAGGAAUAUACCUGGCUAUGCACGUUCUGUAUAUAGUUCAUUUUUCGCUUGGUUUGGCAGAAUUUCCCUUGAGCUCUUCAUCUGUCAGUACCAUAUCUGGCUGGCAGCAGAUACCAAGGGGAUCUUGGUUCUAAUUCCUGGCAAUCCCAUGCUCAACAUUAUUGUCAGCACUUUUAUAUUUGUGUGUGUGGCGCAUGAAAUUUCCCUGAUCACAAAUGAUCUUGCACAGAUGGUUGUUCCGAAAGAUAAUGCAAUUCUGCUGAAAAGGUUGCUCUGUGUGGGUGGAUUUUUUUCUGGACUUCUCUUUCUAUCGGCAUUUCAAGAACAAUCAAGGCAUUAGCGUUCAAUAAAUCCGAAAAGCUUCGCUUCAAGCUUACAUUGUGUUUGCCUGAGCCCAAAACUAAAGAAAUAAAAAUCAACUGGAAUUACACAAACCAACCACAACUUCUCUGUUGUGCAACGAAGGAAAGGUAUCAAAAUGAAGGCAACUGAACAUAUACAUGGUGGAAAUGUCAUCCUUUUGCAUGGGGAUAUCCACCCUCUAAAGGAAAAAGAAACAGAAACACACUGUAUACUACUGCGUGUGAAAAAAGACAUAUUUUCUACUUGAGCGUUUUUCCGGUUUACAUCUCUCACGAGAAUUAAAAAAUGGAGUGUGAUUUGCUCAAGAGGCAUUUAGAGACUAUUGCGUCAAUUUUACGUUGAGACAUUAUCAAAUUGUUAAUAAUUACUAGCAUAUCAUAAGUGGUGUAUUUGUAUGUUUCAAAGAACUGUUUUUAUUGCAAGAAGUAAAACAGACCCUGAUCCUGAAGCCUUAAAGGCUGUUAAAUUCCUGUCAGUUUACUUAAGGAUGCCAGUUUAUUAUCUGUGGACAGCACCGUGUUAAAUGGGUUAACAGCUGUAGCCUUUUCUUUAAAGAAUUCAGCAUCAGUGUGUGGUCAGGUUUUUCUUACUAUUUUUGGAGAGUUUCUGAAAGUAAGAAGUUAGUAACUUGUUUUUAAUUAAUGCAGAGGUAGCCAAUUUGACACCCACCCCCCACCAUUUUGUGAGCAGCUCCCAUUAUCUGUGACCACUGGCUGAGGUUGAUGGGCAGUUGUAGUCCGUAACAUUGGCUACCCCUGGAUUACUGGUUUUCUAUGGCUACUACAUAUCUAGGAAAACCUUCAAGCACUGAAGAUCACAUUAUUAUAUAAUCUUAUCCAUGUUUACAAAGUGUAUAGCAUAGCAUUUCAAUGAUCCAUUUUCAUUCAUUUUCCUACGUUUUCAUAAUUAACGUUAAUUCUGAAUGUU